AUUACAAAUAUAUCAAAAAAAACAGGGAAGUCAACAUGGAAGAACCCAGUAGUACGGACAAUUCGGUGAGUGAAGCAGCUUAUAUAGAAAAAAAGGAAGAAGAGUUACGUAUAUUCUUUAAAAACGCCAAGCUGCCCAAGGAUGUUAUUGAAAAAGCCAUCGAAAACGAACUAACUAGCUUGAAAGAUUUUAAAGAUAGGCCGUAUAUAGCCGCGUCAUACCCAGGUAGAAUAAGGUCUGAAUAUGAAGUGAUGACUGGGCAGCCUUUUACCAAUGUCGAAGAUCAUACGAAGCCACUGACAAGCGAACAAGCUCGUAUGAUCAUCAAUGACAACCCGAUUAUUGCAGAAAAGGCCCGCCAAAUUCAAAUAGUUACCAAAGCUGACAAAAAUAAAGGUAUGUCCAUCCCAUUAGAAGAUAUACAUAUAGCAAGUUACACCGAUAUGACUGCAGAAUUAGAAGGAGCCAAAGGUGAUAGAGAAAAAAUAAAUAAGAUAAAAUACCAAAACAUGCAAGCUUUAUGUCAGUCGGUAACAGACUACAAGAUUAAAUUAGACAAGAAUAAAGAUGAAAAAGUAUCUACUAAAAAGGAAAAAGUAGAAUCUAAUACAGAAGAUAAAGAAUUUGAAGCUAUUGAGAAUAUGGUAAGUCAAUUUACUGACAAGUCUUAUGAAACUAGGUUCCAGGAAACUAAAGACAUGCUCAGCGAAAUGGCAGAUUAUUAUGACGAUCCUAAUGUUAAGCCGAAGGACAGAAAGACUAUUGAUUUGUCUGAUCCAAUUUUGAAAGAAUCUUCGAGUCUGUUUGUUAAAGGAGAGUUUAAACGUACAACUAUGCAAGAGGUUAAGGAAAAUUUUGCCAUUAAUGAAGCAUUGAACAUUUCCAACCCAAUAUCGCCAGAUUUAAAUGCCGUUGUUGAGAGAGCCACAAUCAAAACUUCGGAACGCAUAAAAACUGAUCUAGGAAAUAUUUCCGACUUUACUGACAAUGCAAAGGACAUUAAAACCUUUGAAACAAGACUGAAAGACACAGAAAAUGCUUGCAAAAAUAUUAAUACAUUGCUAGACAAAAGUCCUAUGUCGAAAGAAUCUGAUCAAGGAAAUGAAUGGAGUAACGAAAGGAGUGAUGAAAGGAGUAACGAUGAAAUUGAAGCUGACGUAAAAACAGAAAAUGAAAAUAACGGUAAAAGUGAGGAAAAUACGGUUUCAAAUUUACAACGUUUUGAUGAAAGAAUGGAGCAAACUCUACAAAAUGCUCUAGAAGGAAUAUUACAAAUAAGUAAUGACGAAAAUAUAAACAACAAUGAAAUGGAAUACAACGAAAUGAAACAUCUAGCUCGAAACAUUGUUGAAGGUGCUGAUAAUCUUAGUACGUUAAUCCGUGAAGAUAUUACAAAUAAACUCAAUAGUAUGAAUGAAUUACUCAACGAUGUAAACGAAGCACUAGAAAAAUCAAAAAAAUCUACGAUUGCAUAUCAGAAACUAAAAGACGAAGGUAUUAUUAAAUCAAAACAGCUCCCAGAAACUACAAAAGUUACUGAAGUAAUUGAUUUAACUAAUGAAUCAGACGAAGACGAAGAGGAAACUAAGGAUGUACCUCAUCCUCCUCCAUCCAUCCUCCCCAAAAGCUCGGUCACAGAUGCUGAUAUCGGAUCAAUAUUUAGCGCCAUAGGGAAAUUGAACUCUGAGAUACAAAGCCAUGAAGACAGAAUUAACAAAAGCAAGGAACGAUAUGACAUGAGAAGUAAAGAAUGUAAAGAUUUUAUUAAAGAAAUUGAUAAAGUAAUGAAAAAGUCAAAUAGCAUUCUACAUCCAACACAGUCAUUGCAAGACUUAAGCAAAGAACCUCAAGAAGCUAAACAAAAGAAAGAUGAGAAAAAGGUUAAAGAUGAGAAUAUAGAUAAGGGAAUUAACGCUGCUAUAAAAGAAGAUGACAAAGAUGUAAAAGAAGGAACUGAGAAACGACGCAAAGAAUUAUGGGAUACCGAUCUUGAACCGAAAGGUGAUUUAGCUAAAAAACUAGCUGAUUUAAAACUUAAAGAUAUCGAGCGGAAUAAUAGGAUUGAUAACCUUCUAUACGACAUAAAAGAUAAAAUGAAAGACAACAAGGAAGUUCUACGACUGGCUAAUAAUUUACUUAGAAGGGAUGGCAAAAAGGGUCAAGAUGAUGCGAAUAAUGUCGAUAUGAAGGCACAAGGUGACUUUGCUGGAAAACAUGUAAUAGAAAUUGAACCAGAAAUUGUUGACGAAUCAAGCAUCGGCGAUGUCAAAUCCACUGAAGACAUUCGAGCAGAAAGGGCUAAGCUUGCAGCAGAGAAAAAGAAAGAACAAGAAGAAGAAAAGGAGAAAGAACGGAAGAGACUGAUCAAGGAAAAAAGAGAUAAGGAGAUCGAGGAGCUGAAUAGAGGACCACAGAUGACGAAGGCAUUUAUCAAGAAGCAUUGCAAGGAGAACAAAUUGUAUACUACUCCUUACUUAAAUGAUAUAUUGUACUUGCAUUUCAAGGGUUUCUCCAAGAUCGAAAACCUGGAAGAAUAUACCGGUCUAAAAUGCAUUUUCCUAGAAAACAAUGGAAUCCAACGCAUAGAGGGCCUUGAUACACUCUCCGAACUAAAAUGCUUGUAUCUCCACUACAACAUUAUAAAGAAGAUUGAGAAUCUUACGGGAUGCCCGCAGUUGGAUACUUUGAAUUUGGAUCAUAACUUUGUGCCGAAGAUUGAGAAUUUAGACUCAGUACCAGUUUUGCAUACGUUGAGUAUUGCUCAUAAUAUGCUGUCUUCUGUCAGUGACUUGGAACAGCUGAAGUUUUGCAACAAUCUAUCAGUCCUGGACCUCGCUUACAAUCGUAUUGAGGACCCUCUUAUCGUGGAUGUACUUGAGGCUAUGAAAAUUCUAAAAGUUUUGGUGUUAACCGGCAAUCCAGUAAUUCGCGCCAUUCCUGCCUACCGCAAGACCUUAACCUUGCGCCUGAAGGAGCUGUUGAAUCUGGACAACAGACCUGUGUUCCCUCGCGAUCGAGCAUGUGCUGAAGCUUGGCAGCGCGGAGGGGUUGACGAGGAGAUUGCUGAGAGGAAACGUUGGAUAGCAAAAGACCACGAGAAGACCAUGCAAAGCGUGCGUUAUCUAAUACGAAUGCGCGACGAGAAGAGAGCAGAACGUGACAAGAAGGAGAGAGAAGAGAGAGAAAUGUUGGGGCUGCCCCCCAAAGAAGAAGAAUCUGCUGACGAGUCGAAGCCGAAAGUGCUAGAACUGGAAGCUCCACCUAAAGAAGAUAAAUCUGGUCCAAUUGAAGUAAAUGCCAAAGGAGUAGCAGACGACAUGCUUUCUGGAUCAGAAGCUAAUGAUUCUACGAGUGAAGAUAGUGAAGACAGCGGGGACGAGGGCAAAAAGGAUAAUGGUGCAGUGACCACCGACAUCCAAUGGUCUCCGUUCAUGCGAGGAACCCGUUACAUCCAGGAGCUAAAAGAGGAGCCCCCGAAGCCGCCAGUGUCGGAGCAACAUCUCGACGACUACUGGUAUGGGUACAGGGGAGACUUGAAGAUGCAGAUGCAGAAUCAGGAGGCUGGGAGUUUUGUAAAUGACUUCAAAAGUAUUAACAACUUGCUUUUCGGGCAGCAGUCUAAAAAGCCUCAAAAACCAGCAACCAAAAAUCAAGUUAAAAUAGAAGAGGUUAUUGAGGAAGAUAAAAUAGAAGAUAUUAAAGCUGAGAAAAAACCGUUAAUUGAAAUGACCGAAUCUCAAGAAACGGUUGCUAAAGAAGAGACAGAAAAAUCUGGACAAUGCACUAGAUUACCUGGUAUUGUAGAAGAAGAUAAUCUAGUGAUAGAUCAUGAUAAAAAAAUUGCUAAAGAAAAGGUUCCGACUGGUGAAGUUCAAACAGAAACAACGAAUGAUGGUGGCGCUAAUAAGAAAUCAUAUAAAAAGAUUUUGAUAUCAGAAAUCAAGAGCAAUGAUAAAUCUGAGAUAAAACAUGAAGUAACUGAAAGUGACGCCGUUAAAAAUAACGAUAGAAAUAAAUCUGAUGAUAAAAAAUCCGAAACUAAAACUAAUGAAAAGGGCGAUGACAAUCAAAACCAGGAAAGUAAACCAGAAGAAAUUACGAAGGAUACAGGAGCAACAAGUAAAAAUCCGGGUCAAAGUUUUGAGGACAGAAGACGAAGUGCCGCCGCAGGUGAAGGUGUCUCUCUCAUGAACUACAUGCAAAGUGUAAACUCCAAUAACCCUGAAGACGGUGAUGAGGAUUUGAAGCCCAGUGCCGAAGACCUAGAGAUAUUCGCCGAGCUGGACCAAGAUAUGGCGGAACGUGAAGCGAGAAUAGCACGCGGUGAACCAGCUGUGGAUCCUAUGAAAUUGUACCUCAAGAAUCCCAUGGAUGACUUCUACAAGUCAGAGGAUCUGGUUCCAGCUCACAAAAUAACCAAGAAGGCCGAAUAUACGACAUACAGAUACGACAAUGCUUAUGACAGAGUCGCUCUGAGCCAGCUUACUGGUGGAGAAAAACCUGACGAGUCGAAGAUAAAACUUACUUAUGUUCCCGGAGCCGUUCGAGUCCAAUACAUAGAUCAGCGCCCCCUCGAAGUUGAAUGCGAGAUUGGAGAGGAAAAGAUCGACUCUGAACUAUCAUCUUGUGAUACUGAUUCAAUACACAUUCUGAGUGACAAGGACAGCGUUACUACUGAAGACGAAGAUAAACCAGAAGUUACUAAGCCAAAAGAAACCAAGACGACUAGAGCCAAAACGGCAAAUGUAAAUAGAAAGACUAACGUUGAGCGGCCAAUUAGAGGCAGGAUUAAUAUUACACCUAGAGAAGAUAAAAGUAAAAAUGAAGAGAAGGUCAGUUCACGGAAAUCUAUUUGCGUUGGUGAAAAAGACAAAACUACUAAAGUGAAUAUCUCUAGACGACAGUCUAUUGCAGCUGUAAAUGUCAGUAAACCUACUGAUACUAAGAAAGUAACUAGAAAAGAACCAUUGAAGAAAAUUGAACCUCUUAAGAAGGAGCCCGAGAAAAUAAUAAAGGAAAAACCUACAAGAAUAAGGCCAGAAAAUAUAGGUAAAAACUUAGCUAAGGCCGUGAAGAAAUCACAAAUGUCAAUAAAAGAAGCUAACGCCCUUCAAAGACAGACACUGAAGACUAUCAAUGAAAAAAUAACGAGCGUUGAGAAAGAGGACAAGAUAGAUAAAGUCAGUACUUCUGAGGUGCAAACAGUCAAAUCUGAGACACAAGAAGAAACAACCACAGUACAUGAAGUUCUUGUGACUGAUUCAGGGGACAAAAAGUCAUUAGAAGCUGCAAUGGUGCCAUUUGUGCCAAUUCAACAAGAGCAGACGAAUAUCUUAAAAUCACAAGUUGUUAUUGAUGAUAUUCGUCAUGUACAUGCAGUACAUGACAUCGAAUCAUCUAAAAAUAAAUCUGAAGUAGAUUCUACUGUAAUACACGAUGUUGAUGAAGAUACAUCUGAAACUUCCGACACCCAUUCAAUUAGAAAUACAUCAGAAUUAGACGAUACUCCAGAUCAAGAACCUGUACCAACUGCUUCCACUUCGUAUGACAGCAUGAUGUUUGUAGAUCGAGGCGAAGCCAAAAAAUCAAUCAUUGACACGAUUAACUCUUAUGAAGAUGAUCGGUUUCCUUCGCAAGGUAUAAACUCGGACGUAUCCGAAAACGCUCGAAUCGAGCAGUCAGUAGCGACCGAGAUCCUAGACAGGACGCUGCACUACGAAGAACGAGAGAUGUACCGACAAUACGACGCGCUGACUUGUCACGCGGGCAAGAUUGAUAAUCAGACCAAUGUACUGUUGGAACAUAUGACGGAAGAGAUGCAAGAUCAUACACUUCCUAUAAUAUCCCAAAUCAUAACUGCUCACAUAGACGUAGCUGAGCAAGCCUGGCGUGCUGGCAACUUUGUCCCCUCCUACAUCCAAGCCACCCCCUCCGAUGACGAAAACGAUGACGACGAUAACGAUAACACACUUCUACCAAGCGACACAUCUUUAGACCUAGAAGAGACCAUCACCGAUGGAAACAUUGCUAUCAACGUGGCUCUAGAUGCUAUUAGAGAAUAUGAUGACUCUGGGAUUGCGGAGUUCAAUGAUUCUAAUGUGGAAUAUAAGUCUUUUAAUGACGAUGAACUUAAUGCCAGUCGUAAUGAUGAAGUCAAUGGGAAAGGAGAUGAUCAAGUAGAAACUAGUAAUAUUGAGAACGAAGAUAACGUUAGUGACACAAAUAAAGAUAAAGGUGAUUGUCAAAUAGAAAACACGAGUGCAGUUUAUGGUGAUAAUCAGGAUACCAAUGUUAUUGGUGAUACAGAUCAGGAUAACCAAGAUAAUAUAAGUCAGUAUGGUAGAGAAACGGAUUUCACAAGUUAUUUGUCAGGGGAAGAUGAACUAUUUGAAGACUGUGUGGAUCAAACUGUAAUUGAAUAUGAGUUUAAGAGAGUCGAGACGAUGACUUUGGAAAUGAAAAUCGCUUUGGGCAUUGAUAAAGCUUUAGAGAAGUAA